AUGGCAAGUAGUAGCAACUUUUUUUUGUGUCUUUUGCUUUGGAUAAAUCUAUUUGACUUGAAUCGAUCAUCUGCCGAGCUUUUAUUCUCUUUUGAACAUCGUUCAAAAGCUGGAUUUUAUCCUUGCAAGAAGGAUCAAAGUCGGAUAAAAUCUAAGGAUAAAACAGUGCCACUUUUUCGUACCGAUGAAGCAAUUCGUGGGAUUCUAACGGUAAAAAUCCAUGGUGGAAAAUCCAUGCAACAUAAUGGAUUAACGGUCAAAUUACUUGGCCGGAUUAAACUAUCCGUGGAUCGAAAAGACGGAGUUGAUGAUUUUAUUCAUUCCUGUUAUGAAUUACAACCACGUGGUGCAAUAAUCCAAGGUGAAAAAGCAUUUUCAUUGGAUUUUUCCAAAGUGGAUAAAAUCCAUGAAACCUAUCAUGGGAAAAGUGUUCAUUUGCGAUAUUUUCUACGAGCAACUUUAGCAAGAGGAUAUUAUCCAUUGAUUCAAGAACAAGAUAUUUUGAUUCAAGCGCAAAUGUCACUUCCUCCAAUAAAUCAAUCCAUUCAACUGGAAGUCGGGAUUGAAGAGUGUUUACAUCUUGCAUUUCAAUAUGAAAAAUCAACAUAUCACUUGAACGAUGUCGUGAUUGGCAAGAUUGUUUUCCAUCUCGUACGGAUAAAAAUCAAGCACAUGGAGCUGGUAAUUCUCCGUCGUGAAACGGUCGGGUCUAGUGGUAAUUGUACACAACGCCAUUGUGAAAAUGAGAUUGUCACGAAAUUUGAAAUCAUGGAUGGGGCACCAAUCAAGGGUGAAAACGUACCAGUGCGUCUCUAUCUUGCUCCAUAUGACCUUACACCAACGUAUUGUAAUGUAUUGAAUCGCUUUUCCGUCAAGUACUUUUUGAAUCUUGUCUUGGUGGAUGAAGAAGAGCGACGAUACUUUAAACAACAAGAAAUUACACUCUGGCGAAAGCAUAUUGGAUAA